AUGUCCAUCGAACACAUUGAAAACACCAAACUCUUCACUGACCUCCAAUACAGAUUCAGCUAUGUUUGCAAAUUUGUUGGUUUUGGUGAGGAAGACAUCAAGUACAUCCAUGAUUCAGCAUCCGUGCUCGCUCCUCUCGUGCCAACCAUUGUCGACCGUGUCUAUGUGAAACUCUUCUCUUUCGAUAUUACUAAGAAGGUCUUCCUUGUUCGAAAUGAUAAAUUUGAAGGCAAGAUGGAAACCUCUCUCGACGAAUUGAGUGACACCAAAUCGGAACAAAUCAAAUUCCGUAAGGACAUGUUGAGCAAGUAUUUGGUCAAAUUGGUCACUGCUGAUUAUUCAUCUAAGGGAUUUUUGAAUUACUUGGAUUGGGUUGGUAAAAUUCACACUGCAAAGGCUGGAAAUAAGAACAUUAUUGUCGACUAUAUUCAUAUCAAUGCAUUAUUCGGAUAUGUGAGUGAUGUGAUCUUUGAACUCUUGGGUUCAUGCACUCAAUUAAGUGAGGAACAACGUAUCAAGACCAUCCAAGCUUUCAACAAAUUGUUAUGGAUUCAAAACGAUUUGUUUGCCAAGUACUAUGUGGAUGAUGAGGCUAGAAAUGGUAUUGUCCCACAAGACAACAAAACUGAGAACAACACUCGUUCAGCCUCUUCUUCUUCCGGAGGAUGUUGCUUUGCAUUUGGUUCCUCAUCAGCCUCUUCUUCCGAAAAGACUUGCAACAAAUCGUCCUGUCCACUCGCAAGCAUGAUGUGUAUGGGACUUGUUGCUGUUGGCGCCUUUUUCUUGGGCAAAUAUUUCGGAAUGUAA